AGAAAAAAGAUAGAAGUAUUGUUUUUAAACAGAUUUUUUCCUUUGUUUUUCUUUUUCUUUUUUUUCUUUUUUUUUUUUCCCCUCUCCCCCUGCGAGGGCUGCGGCCGCCUGGCGAUAAAAGGCCAGGGCGGCCAGAGCCGGCUCAGAGGGAGGAAAUGCCGAAAUCACAGCGUUUCGCCUCAGCGGCGAGCGCCCACUGACCCAUCCCGGCAAAGAGCGGCGUCGCAUCCACUCGGGAAGUGCCGGCGCGUCCCUGGCCACGGCACCCGGCUCUCACUGUCUCCCCGGCACCGUGGGGACCACCGUGCCAUGCGGGUGCUCAGCCUUGGCCUCGUGGCCCUGACCUGCGCCACGACGGCGUUGUGCGCGGCCGGAGCCCAGCCCCGGGCGCUGGAGGGGGGUGGCCGCCGGCGUUACCACCGGGUGCAGCACGGCCACUGCAGCUACACCUUCGUGCUGCCCGAGGCCGACCCGCCGCCGUGCCCGCUUGCCCCUGCUGUCCCUGCCAACGCGCUGCUGCAGCGGGACUCGCCGGCCGGCACCGCGCACGCCGGCCACGGGGCCGCCCAGCGCCUGCGGCACCUCGAGAGGAUCCUGGAGAACAGCACCCAGUGGCUGCUGAAGCUGGAGAGCUACAUCCAGACCAGCGUGAAGCCGGAGAUGGCGCAGCUGCGGCAGACCGCGGUGCAGAACCAGACAGCCACCAUGCUGGAGAUCGGCAGCACCCUCCUCAACCAGAGUGCUGAGCAGAGCCGCAAGCUCACCGACGUGGAGGCCCAGGUGCUGAACCAGACGUCGCGCAUCGAGAUGCAGCUGCAGGAGAACUCCCUGUCCACCACCAAGCUGGAGAAGCAGCUGCUGCUGCAGACGAACGAGAUCCACAAGCUGCAGAACAGGAACAACAUCCUGGAGGUGCGGGUGCUGGAGAUGGAGACGAAGCACCAGGCGGAGCUGGCGGGGGCCCGCUCGGAGAAGGAGAAGCUGCAGCGCCUGGUGAGCCGGCAGAGCGGCACCAUCGAGGAGCUGGAGAAGUCGCUGCUGGCCGCCAGCGCCAACACCAGCCUGCUCCAGCGUCAGCAGCUCCAGCUCCUGGAGUCGGUGCAGAGCCUGGUGCGCCUCGUCUCGCAGGGCAGAGCCCCGCUGCCCGGGCAGGAGCAGCUCUUCCAGGACUGCGCCGAGGUGCGCCGGGCGGGCAUCCACGCCAGCGGGGUCUACACCCUCCACAUCGCCAACCUCAGCGAGCCCAAAAAGGCGUACUGCGACAUGGAGACGGACCGAGGGGGCUGGACCGUCAUCCAGCUCCGCACCAACGGCAGCCUCAGCUUCCAGAGGAACUGGAGGGAGUACAAGCAGGGCUUCGGGGACGCGGCGGGCGAGUACUGGCUGGGUAACGAGGCCGUGCACCUCCUGACGAGCCAGGCACCCUACGCCCUGCGCAUCGAGCUGCGGGACUGGGAGGGCGGCCAGGUCUAUGCCCACUAUGGGAAAUUCCAACUGGGGAGCGAGCGGCAGCUUUACAGGCUCUCGCUGCAGGACUACAGCGGCACGGCCGGGCAGCAGAGCGGCAUGGCGCUGCAGGGCACCCGCUUCAGCACCCGCGACGCCGACAAUGACAACUGCCUCUGCAAGUGCGCCCAGAUGCUGUCGGGAGGUUGGUGGUUCGACGCCUGCGGCCUCUCCAACCUGAACGGCAUCUACUACCCGGCCCGGCACAACAUCCGCAAGCUCAACGGCAUCCGCUGGCACCACUUCCAGGGGCCCAGCUACUCCCUGAAGGGCACCCGCAUGCUGAUACGACCCGCCAGCUUCUAGCACGCCGGCGGCCAGCGCGGCAUCACAACCGGUGCCAGCCUGGCAUGGAGGGAGGGGGGCAGGAGCGGGCCCGGAGAAGGGAUGGCUGGGGGAGACUGAGCCCUCCCGGCUGCUGCAGGGAAGUUUUUCCCCCAGUUACUAUUUUUUUUACUACUUUUUAUCCCACCCUCCAAGAUCCUGCAGAGAAGGGCUGCGCCUCCAACUCCUCAUGUCACCUUCUUCACCCAGAGGUCCAAGACCCCCCCAGGACCACCUGCAUGCCCAGCCUGGCUCCGAGUGGGGGCUUUGCCUUUUCUGUGUGGUUUAGGGCAUUGCAAAUCCCCCACCAUCCUGCUUUCCCCGCAGGAUUAGGGGAGCUGGCGGGGACGGGGGUCCCUGUGAGUGCGAGGGGCCGGUGCCAUCCUUCCAUCCCAUCCUGCCUGGGCACGGCCAUGCAGGGGGACAAGGGCUGUCCCCUCCCACGUGCAGGGACCAGGCCACCGUCCCCAUGCAUGGCAGCAGAGGCACUGCUCCUUGCAGGACCAGGCUGGGCAUUUCCAGCCCCUGGCGGGGGGAGGCAGGUGGGAGGAGCCCGAGGGGAGUCUUUGGGGACUUUGGGGGGCCAUCCCCAGGCUGGGAUGGCCAGCAGCCCCAUGCCG